UCAAUAGAUAAAUUGUUUAUGAGUUUUGCUAAAAAAAAAUAUAAUCAGUCAGAAUGGUGUUCCACUCCAGUUAUCAAAGAGGGUCGCGUGUAGAUUGAAUCAUACGCAAUCUAGAUAAGAGGCGGGUGUGUCUACAUUCACCUUUUGCAGGCCCCUUGGCACGGAGUUAACUGCCAAACAGCCAGAAACCACUUUUAUGAGUCAUUUGUCUUGCCUGCCCCAUAUCGGCAUUAGCCUUUGAUAAAACGCACACCGGCAAAAAAGUCCGAAAUGCCACCCUUUUGUUGUGGUGGCCGACGCUGUGCCAAGGAUCUGGAGGUGGAGAAACCAAAUGAAGGAGGUCGCCAGUCCAUGAGGGAGACUAUAUACACCACCACCGCGGAAUAUGAGCGCCCGUUGUCCCUGAAGUUUUACGCCCGUCACGACUGGCCGUAUUUUAAUUGCACGAACCAAGAGGCGCGGCAAAUACGGGAGAAGCUUGACCCGGAGUCCCUUCUGAAUGCCCGGAAAAUAGCCAGCCAUGACGAGGGCGUUGAGCAAAAGUACGAGAUGAAGCAUAACACGCCGCAGCCGAUGACAUUCAACCAGAUCUACGGAUGGUACUCGGAUAGAGCCUACCGCUAUCUGAAACGAGAUCGCGGCACUUUCGUGUUUCCCCACGAGAACGAUCCUAUGAUUGAGCAAAUAUUGAGGAACAAACUUAAACGCUCUUGAAAUUUGAUUGGUUUUAAAAUUUUAGUCAGUUUACAGAAAAUAUAAUUCCGAUUCGUCAGCCAUUAAUUAUAAGCCUUAAAA